GUAUUCUGUUGUUCACAGAGCGAUCACAAUGGGGAAAGGCUGCAUGAAGGCAAUCAAGUACUUCCUGUUCCUCUUCAAUGUCCUCUUCUUCCUGUUUGGCGCCCUCAUCAUGGGGUUCGGACUGUGGGUCCUUCUGGACAAGGAGAGCUUCAUGGUCAUCCUGCAAGAGUCCUCCACAGCGCUGAAGAUAGCUUCCUACAUCCUGAUAGGUGUCGGUGGUCUCUCCAUGUUGAUGGGCUUCCUGGGUUGCCUGGGGGCUAUCUACGAGAUCCGCUGUCUGCUGGGCCUGUACUUCACCUGCCUGCUGCUGAUUCUGAUUGGUCAGGUGGCAGCCGGUGUACUCAUCUACUUCCAGAAGGACCUGCUAAAUAAGGAGAUGUCCAACAUCGUGACCCAGAUCCUGAGCAACUACCCUGGGAAGAACAGCACCACCGAGCAGGCCUGGGAUUACAUACAGAGGACGAUGGAGUGUUGUGGAUGGAGUGGUCAUAUGGACUGGCAUGGUAAUGCUGUCGUAGUGAACAGUUCCCAGCUGUUGUUCCCGUGUUCCUGUCAGAACGUGUCUCUGGUUGAGGGUAACUCCUCCUCCGACAGUGGUUUCUGUGAGGCACAGUCAAAUGAUUGGCCCGUCUACGACAGGGGCUGUAACUCCAGUGUAGAGAGCUGGCUGUUUGCCAACGUUGGAGUGAUCCUGGGGGUCUGCCUGGGAGUGGCUGUCAUCGAGCUCCUGGGUAUGAUCCUGUCCAUAGGGCUGUGUAAGAGCAUACACACUGAGGAUUACACCAAAGUGCCAAAGUACUGAAGAUGAUGACGGGGGACGCUAUGACACACACACACACACACACACACACACACACACACUCACACAUACACACACACACAUACACACACACACACACACAUACACACACACACACACACAUACACACACACACACGGUGCAGAUGUUUAUUUGCUUUCAUUUUUUUUGUUUUUUGUUUUUUUUGGGGGGGGGGCACUUGCCUUUUCUCUCAGUCCAGUUUCCAUCGGAGCACUUUAGAGACUGUAGUUAUGGAUUAGAGAGGAAGACGAGAGCAGACCGGGUCACAGAGACAAACAGGAAAGAGAGAUGUGGAGAAAGUGAGGACAGGAAGAGUGAAGAGAGGACAGAGAAGACGAGGAUGUAGAAAGAGAUGGAGGGUCUUCUCCUACCCUCGGCAGAUGCAGUCUACCACAUCCUUGACUUCUGGGGAAAGAUCCAUUUUAUCAUCAGGAAUCGAUCAUGAUCGGCGUUGUUUGUCAGCUCUCAUAGGGUCCAAUCCUAACUUCAGAUAUAGAUGGGUAACUAUCAUGAUCGGCGUUGUUUGUCAGCUCUCAUAGGGUCCAAUCCUAACUUCAGAUAUAGAUGGGUAACUAAUCAUGUUUUGAAAAUGUAAAAAUAUGAGAUUUUCAAUUGGAGAAUUUAAUUAGGAGAUUUGUGAAAAUGUGAGUUGCGUUCGCCGAUCUCAAGUUCGGUUAACGGUCGUUUAUUGAGUUGACCUGACUAGAAGACGAAGAGUUCGGGUUAUUGGACUCCUGGAAAAUAAAUAUUUUUAAUUUUCUGUUCUUCAGUGUCUUGAGGAGUUAUGCAUGUUUGUUUGUUAUAGUACCUUGUAUAUAAUUUAGUUUGCUAUUUCGUGAGCCUCUGAAUCUGCGGUUUCUUUGUGAUGUUUUUGUUGUUUUUCGAUGUAUUUUUCAUUUUUUGUGCAGUUUUGAUAUUUUGUCUUGAUAAUUUUGUUUAAAGUAAAUAGGAAUAAUGAGAUACUAAAGAGGACCAAGAUUCUGCUACUUUAAAGUAGGGGAGGGGGGGGGGUCUUGGCCCGUAGGGGGGGGCUUCCCCAACUGGUGGCCCACAGGGGAUAUUAUUUGCUGCGUUUUCUGAGCUAGAUAUAUAUAUGUAAAUCUGUUCUAUAGUAUUCCCACGCGUAACAGAGGGAUAUAUCUGACUGUAUACAAAUCUAAACAAGCUUAAGAUAAAUAUUAUAUCUAUUUGGUCUUCUUGAGGUCAAUUUUCAGUCUACAAAUGAUUUGUGUUCCGGCUCCUUGACCAUCCGCUCAAGAAACAAAUCAUCCCUCUGCUGAAUCUAGUGAAUGACUGCUCUUAAAGGGGUUGCGCUCUUAAUUAUCCCACAGUGGCAAAGAAAGUCUCCGUUUACAAUUAUCUUUUGAUGACAAGCAGAAUACUUUGUUAUGAAGUUUAUGUUGAUUGUGGCAUCUUUUCGGGUUGUGAGUUACUCUGAAGCAUUUUCAUCUUUUCAGGUUGUGAGUUACUCUGAAGCAUUUUCAUCUUUUUUUUUGUGAUGACGGCUUUCACGUAAAUAUCUCAUUUUCCUUCAGAAGACAAACAUACUGUGUUUCGUUAAGAAAUGAACCAUUUUGUUUUAACCCUGAUCAACAAAAAAAAAUUGUUAUGUGACCUUUUUCUGUGAGUGAAGAGCAAAUUUAAAUAACAGAAGCUGGGUUCUGUUUUUUGUUUUUGUUUUUUUAAGAGGAAAAACGUCCAUUUUGUUCUUGAGAAAAUAUCCAUUUUGGACCAGAAAUUCUUUAUGUACAGUAAAUCAUUCCGAUUUAAAUUCAUGUAUAUUAUUAAACUUUGAAUUAAGGUUUUUGUUUUAUAUUUAGGCUUUUCUUCUUUUGAUAACCUUUGACCUUGGAGUCAUUUUCUUUUUUUACCGGUAGGACUAUUAAUUUAGAACUUGAACUUCUGUCUACUAGCUUGAUCAGUCGACGUAUACUCACCCCAUUGACUCUGUUUUGAUUUGGUCAAUAAACAUUGAAUAAGACUGA